AUGGAGGAUGGAACAGAGCAGACGAAUUCCGCAGUUGGUGAUUGGCAUUCGAUUCAAGGUGAUCUUGUUAUUGUUUUUGCAUUUGUUCCUUUGCUUUUUUUUAGUGAAGGCAUUGUGGAUGGUUCAGUGAGUUCAGAUCAAGUAGAUGUAGAUGUUGAUGGAUCUUCAUCAGUUCCAGUUGAUCAAGAUUUGGUUGGUUUGGUAGUAAGUAAUGUUGAUGAGGCUUUUGAGUUGUAUAACAGUUAUGCAUAUAGACUUGGUUUUAGUGUGAGGAAGGGUCAUCAACGAUACAAGGGAUCUACGAACACAAUUCAAAUGAAGAACUUUUGUUGUUCUAAGGCUGGUUAUAAGGCAAACAAUGGGGUUAAGGCUUAUUCCAAAAUUGACACAAGGACAGGGUGUGGAGCGUUUGUUCAAUUUGACGUGGGUGAUGAUGGGUUGUGGACAGUUACAAAACACGAGAAAAUGCACAAUCACGAGUUAUGUGUGUUCAACAAAAGUCAUCUACUUCGUUCACAUAGGAGUGUCGGAGAUAAUCAGCUCUUAUAUUUACAAGGUUUGAAGGACAGUGGAGUUGCACUGGCAGAUGGUAUUAGGUUCCUAAAACACCAAUCAGGGGGGUCCCCUUUAGUUGGUUUCACCAAUAGAGAUGCUUAUAAUUCAAUGGCUACGGAUACAGUCAAGCGAUUGGAUGGAACGGAUUCUAACUCUUUAAUUGAAAUUUUUAGGAGGAGGCAGUCUACCGAGACUGAUUUUUUCUUUGAUUUUGAACUUGAUUUGGGUGCAAGAUUGUGCUGGAUGAAUCACCAUUGCAUGAAUGUAAUGUUUGGAUGCGGGUUUUUGAUGAACGAGAUGAUAGAAUCGUUUGUGUGGUUGUUUAAAGCGUUUUUAAGAUCUAUGGGUGGCAAGUGUCCACAGACUAUUAUGACAGAUCAAUGUGCAGUUAUGACUGCUGCUAUAUCUAAAGUGUUUCCAACAUCACGUCACCGUAUUUGCAUAUGGCAUAUUGGUGAGAAUUCAAAGAAGCAUAUCAAGACGUUAAGGAACAAUAAGGAUUUCUUGGAUACGUUUAACUACGUGUUGAAAUACACAAAGACCGAAGCUGAAUUUCAAUUCUAUUGGACAAGGUUGGUGACUGACUAUAAAUGUCACAAGAAUACUUGGUUAGAAAAGUCAUAUGACUGUAGGGAGAAGUGGUGUCUAGCAUUUAACAAGGACUAUUUUUCUGGUGGCAUUCUAUCGUCACAAAGGAGUGAAACUACAAAUCACUCGAUUUCUAGAAGGUUGUCUAAGACAGCGGGUCUUUGUGAUUUCUAUUCAUCGUUUGUAAGCGUAAUUUCUGAAUGGAGAAGUAAAGAGAAUUGUGAAGACUUUCGGUGUGCUCAAGGAGUACCCGUUAUGAUGAUGGAGCAUGUGAAACUUCUUUCACAUGCUAGAGAGGUAUACACGAUUGAGAUAUAUUUUCUGUUUGAGGAACAAUUCAUGAAAGGCAAUGUCUGUCAUCAAGAGAUGGUGUUGAAUGAUGGCCGUCAACAGAAGUAUCACGUGUGGCGACCAGAUAUAGAUAUUAUAAGGCAUGAGGUUAGUUUUAACCCAGCCAACUUGGACAUUUCUUGUAGUUGCAAGUUGAUUUGUGAGUUGGGAAUUCUAUGUUGUCAUUGUCUACGCAUUUUUCAUGUACAUUGUGUUUCUAGUAUCCCCGACAAAUAUAUCCUUAAAAGAUGGACUAAAAAGGUCAUUGAUGGUAGGAAUGUCAACAUUGAUUCUAUGGUUUAUAAUGUUUGUAUCCCUCCAUCAAUUUGGGUGUUCGAUAUUAGUAGGAAAUUUCAAAGAUUAGUUGUUUCUAGUCAAGAUAGUAGUGUAGCCAGGAAACUGUGUGACGAAGCUGUUGAUGAUGUAAAGAAAAAGGUUGAAGCCGAGAUUGGGAAUGUGCAUAUUGAAGAGUGUGGUGUUUCAUCUUCAAGUGGUGGUGUACAAAAUCCUUCAAGCCGGAGAUUGAAAGGUGAGCGUAAUAAAAGGAGGAAUGGUGUUAUUGAAAAGAAGUACAGUCUUGCAAGGGGGAGAAGGAGUGCUGCAAAUAAAGCUGCAUUGAGUACAAAGGGUGCUGUUCGGUCUUUGGUGUUGGAAAACAUAUCCAAGCUUGCUGGGGAUGGAUACCUCGUACAUCCAAGUUCUUCGAGUUCAGAUUUUGUUCAGUUUAGUAAGGGUUUAGAUGACAAUGUAGGUGUAGAUUGA